AUGGCUGCCGGCGUAUGUGCCAGAGUCGACUCUGACUCUCACCUAUCUGCUGGUGCUGUGCUCGAUGGUCCAGUCCUCAGUAUGACAAUGUCCUACUCCCGUAUGGAUCGUCAGUCUCUGCUCUGGCCGCUGACACCCACCUACGGAAAGAUGGGAGGAUAUGAUGCCACGACCAGUCUCAACACCACAUCAGUCUUUAUCGACUACACGGUCGGGAUGCUGAGCUCCGGCGUGAUAACCGACCGGCUGGGGCGGCGACCGGCCAUCUUCUGGGGCUCCGUCGCGAUCCUCGUCGGCGUCAUCAUCCAGACCGCGGCGCAGAACAUCGCUAUGUUCGCCGUGGGUCGUAGAAUUCUAGGCUUCGGAAGUGCCAUUUCGGGCGUCUCUUCAGGUGUAUAUUUGUCGGAGACGUUUCCCAACCGGUGGAGGGCCUGGGGAAGCGUCGGCGCCCUGAUUGCGGCCGGGGUGACCUUGAGGACUGGACAUUGGCAAUCCAUGUGGGUGUGGCGAUUGCCAUCGCUUAUUCACGGGGUCUUCUCAGUUCUAUGCAUCUGCAUGAUGCCUUUCGUACCAGAAUCGCCGCGAUGGCUAGGGCACGAGGGACAUUCCGAUGCUGCGCGGAAUUUGGUGGCUCAGACAAACUCGAACGGGAACGCAGAUGACCCUGUCGCGGUCGCCAUCAAUAAGGAGAUCCUUGACUCCCUUGCGUGGGAGAAGGAGGGCCGGACGAUGAGUCCCGAGGAGAUCAUCAAGACGCCAAGUAUGAGGAGACGCUUCCUCAUCGGCAUGGCCAACCUCGUCUUGAACGUCUGGUAUCUCGUGUGCGCUCUCGUCGGGACUCAUCUCGCGGCGAACUGGGGCCGCAAGCCGACCACCCUCGUUUCGGAGAUCCUGUUCGUCGUCUGUCUCUUUUUAAUCGGAGGCCUUUCCAAGAUGUAUGCUGGCGAUCCCAUCAACGCUUUCAACAGCCUCGUAUACAGGAAUGUGGCGGUCAUGUUUUUAUUUCAAGAAUUCUACUCUGUAGCCUGGACUCCACUCCUUCAUUUCUAUCCGCCGGGGAUGUUCUCGGCGAACGGCCUUGCUCGCACGACGCUGGGUCUUAAAACUCUCGCGUAUGUGUUCGUGUUCAUCAUGCCCAUUGGCCUCCACGACGUCAGAUGGAAAAGGUACAUGAUCAGCGGAUCCUGGGAUAUCGUCAUCGCUAUAAUUAUUGCUACCUUCUGGGUCGAGACCGAGGGCAGAACACUGGAGGAAAUAGAUGCCACCUUCGAAGGCGAGAGACACUCCCCCGAUCCUGAAGCCCAGCGGGCCUCGGCUGGGCCGCGGAAGGAAGCGCUUGACGUUGGCGCCAUCGACACACAAUCGGAUACUAGUAGAGCUAAGUAG